AUGGCAAACAAAGACCGAUUUUAUUCGAUAUUCCUACUCUUUUCGGUUUUAUCGAUCAAUUUAAUAAGCUGCGAGAAGAGUCUGCUAACGAACCAAGCAGCAUUGUUCGUGUUCGGAGACUCUGUGUUCGACGUUGGUAACAACAAUUACAUCAACACAUUCCGAGCUGCUCAGGCCAAUGUUUGGCCGUAUGGUCAAACCACGUUCAAGUUCCCGACCGGGAGAAAUUCUGACGGCCGUUUGAUUCCAGAUUUCAUCGCUGAAUACGCUUGGUUACCGUUAAUACCACCUUAUCUACAGCCCGGAAAUGGCGUCAUUCAGUUUACUUACGGUGUAAAUUUCGCUUCUGCCGGCGCUGGAGCUUUGGUCGAAACAUAUCAACCACAGAACGUGAUACCGUUGGGAAGCCAGUUAAACAACUUCGAAAAUGUAGUGAAGAUGUUGAAAGACAAACUAGGAGAUGCAGAGACCAAGAGGAUAAUCUCAAGAGCUGUUUAUCUCAUUCAGAUUGGUCCUAACGACUAUUUUUAUCCCUUCUCCAUUAACGUCUCCCAUUUUGAAUCCAAUAGCAAAAACAAAUUUGUGGACUAUGUUAUCGGUAACACCACGACUGUGAUCGAGGGAAUUUAUAAACUAGGAGGAAGGAAGUUUGGGCUCAUGAACAUGGGUCGACUCGACUGUAUUCCGGGAUUACUAACAAUGGAUCCAAAUAGAAUAGGAUCAUGUUUCGAACCCAUCACUGAGUUGAUAAAACUUCACAACGUAAAGAUUCCAUAUGUCUUGAGAGAUCUACAGCGUCGAUUACCCGGUUUCAAAUACUCACUCUUUGACUCCUACACUGCUGGAACCGAAGCUAUGGAGAAUCCCACAAAAUAUGGGUUUAAGGAAGUGAAGAAGGCUUGUUGUGGAAGUGGACCGUUCAGGGGAAGCAGUACGUGUGGGUACCGAGCAGGAACGUCACGUGAUUUUGAGUUAUGCGAAAAUGUUAGUGACUAUAUGUUCUUUGAUGGCUCACACACGUCUGAGAAGGCUAAUCAACAGACCGCUGAAUUGAUGUGGGACGGUCCGCCCGAUCUUGUUGGCCCCUACACUCUCAAGUCCUUGUUUCAAAACUUUUAAGUUAAUUGAAAAAUGUGUGCUACUAAAGACUGUUUGUGUGCUACUAAAGACUGUUGUAUGAUAACAAUUUGAAAAAUAAAAUAAAUAUCUAUAUAUGUACUCAA